UAAAUAUUCUAAAAUAUUACUAGAGUAAAAGAAAAGGUAAAUAUUCUACUAUUCAUAUAAAUCAAAAAGUAAAAGGAAAGAAAAUUUUAGAGUAAAACAUUAAGUACUGAACUACAAUCAAAUUUGUACUGACACACUCUAACUUCACGGUGGUCCUAUUACCCCUUAAACUUAUUAGCGUAUUUUUAUCCAACUUCUUUAGCUGACGUGGCACCUUUGACGUUGGCUCCAUUUUUAUAUAAUAAAGGUGUCACGUCAGCACAAAGGAUGACAAAAAUACGCUAAUAUUGAGUUCACGAGGGUGAUAGGACCCCUGUAAAAUUGAAACGUGUCAUAAUAACUUUGGCCAUAGUUCGAAGGGUACUGAAUACGUAUCUGAUUAUAAAUUCUAAAUUCGUUUCUAAUCAGAAGUGACAAAUCAAGAUGUUUCACUUUCUUCUCCUUCUUCUUCUCUUCAUUCUCCAAAUCUCUCACUUCACAAGUGAGAAAACAACAACAAUCACUUCAUCAUCCUCAACAAAAAACAAUCUUGUUUACACAUCUUGUACCAAUGCAAGUUACCCAAAAAUUUGCAUUAGAACCCUUUCAUCAUACUCAACAAUAAAAACACCAAAAGACUUAGCAAAAGCAUCAUUAAAUGUAAGUAUUUCAAGAGCCAAUAAAGCUUCAAAAUUCCUCAAAAAUCUCAAAGUUAAAAGCAAGAGAGAAAAAGGUGCAAUUGUUGAUUGUAUAGAGCAAAUAAGUGACUCUAUAUAUGAUCUUAGAAAGGCUCUUUUUGAGCUAAAACAUUUGCAUAAAGGAUAUGGUUUUAAAUUCCAAAUUAAUAAUUUGGAAACUUGGGUUAGUGGUGCUUUGACAUAUGAUGAUACUUGUCUUGAUGGUUUCAAAGAAAUUGAUGGAAAUGUUAGGUAUGAUGUGAAGAGAAAGAUUUCUAAUGUUGUUAAGGUUACUAGUAAUGCUCUUUACCUUAUCAAUCAACUUGAUCGGAGCGGCUGAUUCAGAAUUUAAGGUGGAGUGCCUAUCUAGAAGUUAUUCAGGAUUUAAAGUCGAGAAAUACAAUCUUUAAAGUUUUUAUCAUCGAAGCUGAUUCGGGAGUUAAAGUUGAGGACAAUCUUUAAAGUUUUUAGACUUUAGUAGUCGUUGUAAUUAAUGACUUUUAUAAAUAUAUUUGAGAUUUCGUGUUGAAAGUGCUGGAUUCAGUUUAUGAACUCUGAAACUCUGCUUGAUGGGAGUGGCUGAUCCAGAAUUUAAAAUCGAGCGAUUCAAUCUUUAAAGUUUUUAUGGUAGAAUAUAGUGAACGUUGUAAUUAAUGACUUUUAUAAAUAUAUUUGAUUUUUCGUGUUGAAA